AUGUCGCAAUCUGCGCCUAGUGUACCGUCUGUCGUCGUGAAUUCCCAAACCAGCAGGCAGCAAGUCCCACUCAGAGACUACCUCAAUGCGCGUGUUGCGCCCUUCUUGAAGAAAGCCAUCACUGAAAGUCUGGGCGUUGAAGCAGAGUUUCCACUGCAAUGGCUGGGAGAAUGCCUCAUCCAUCAAUCGAUCCUGUAUGAGGGGAAUCCUGACCGAACAAACAUUCGCGAGCGCUUCCAGUACAAAUUCGAAGACCCACAACCUCCAGAGCAGUCUGCCCAGGCCCAGGCCCAGCAAGAGCCACCCCAAGCGCCUCCGGAAUCUGUGCCAGAGGCAGCUCAGCCGGAGGUGCCUCCUCAAGCGCAAUCAGAGGCUACGAUGACCGAGGACGUUCCCAUCGCCGGACAGGAGGCUUCAACCGUAUCGGAAGUACCCACGGAACCUACGAUCUCAACAGCGGAGGCUCCUGUCGUGAAUGGAACCUCAGGGCUAGACACUGCGACCCCAGGAGACCCAAAAGAUGAUGAUACAGAGAUGGGAGGAACAUCAUGA